GUUUAAACACAGUUUGAGGUGAUGGCGGGGCCGGUGCAGUCUCGAGCAAAACGAUAUGAAAAGCUUGAUUUUCUUGGAGAGGGUCAGUUUGCCACUGUGUACAAAGCAAGGGAAAGAAAUACAGACAAAAUUGUUGCCAUUAAGAAGAUUAAACUUGGGCAUAGGUUGGAAGCUAAAGAUGGAAUUAACAGAACAGCUCUUAGAGAAAUCAAGCUACUGCAAGAGUUAAGCCAUCAGAACAUUAUUGGACUUCUGGAUGCUUUUGGACACAAAUCUAAUAUUAGCCUUGUGUUUGACUUUAUGGAAACUGAUCUUGAGGUAAUAAUAAAGGACACUAGUCUGGUUUUGACCCCAGCACAUAUCAAGGCAUACACCCUUAUGACACUUCAGGGCCUUGAAUACAUGCACAAUCACUGGGUCUUACACAGGGAUUUAAAGCCCAAUAACCUGUUGCUAGAUGAGAAUGGAGUACUGAAACUUGCAGAUUUUGGUCUGGCAAAAGCUUUUGGAAGCCCCAAUAGAGUGUACACACAUCAAGUUGUCACAAGGUGGUACAGGGCACCAGAGCUGCUGUUUGGAGCCAGGAUGUAUGGUGUGGGUGUAGACAUGUGGGCAGUUGGCUGUAUAUUAGCAGAGUUGCUCCUCAGGGUGCCCUUUUUGCCUGGAGACUCCGAUCUUGAUCAGCUAACAAAAACAUUUGAAGCUUUGGGAACUCCGACUGAAGAACAGUGGCCUGACAUGACGAGCCUGCCUGACUAUGUAUCGUUUAAAAUGUUUCCUGGAACUCCACUGGAGCAUAUAUUUAGUGCCGCUGGGGAUGACCUGCUGGAGCUGCUACAGGGCCUGUUUACAUAUAACCCCUGCACACGCCUCACAGCCUCACAGGCCUUAAAAAAGAGAUAUUUCAGUAACAGACCGGGACCCACGCCAGGACCGCAGCUACCGAGGCCCAACUGCUCAGUGGAGGCUUUAAAGGAGCAGCAGAACACCAGUAUAGGGAUCAAGAGGAAAUGGGAUGGGGCAGAGCAAGCAACGCUGGUAAAGAAAUUGCUGUUCUGAACAGCUAAGUCAAGACUAUCCCUUGGUGAUGCUGGAAGACUGCUGUUCCUGUCAGUGCUGCUGAAGAAAUGGAGUCAGGCAUGAAAUACAAGAAGAGCUAGCUAUUCUGGUUACACAUUGUGACAUUGAAUUGUGCUGCUGUGGGAGUGGUACAGAGCUGUACUGUUUAAUAUCAAAUACUGGACGAAAGUACUUCCUUUUAUUUAUUUUUUUGGCGUCUUUGAAAGAUGUGGUGUGUGGGUUUUUUUUUUUUUUUUUUUACAUAAACAAUGGGAUCAUCACGUUUGGUUUCAGUGGGUUUUUUUCAUAUAAUGAAAAUGUCUGGAAAUAAUAAUAAGCUUGUGUUUCUCAUGGAACAAUCUUUUUUGAGCUUUCAAUUGAAGUUAUAUUUUUCUAAUGUAAAAGGCAAAGCCUGUAAAGCAACUGGUCACCCUUAUAUGAUAAAACAGCACAGCAUGGUAGUUGGAGCAACUUCAGAAUCUACAUCCUGGUUUGCCAAAUUUCCUGCAAUAAAACAAUAGGCAAUUGUAAGGAACUUCAUUUCAAGCUAACAACCGGGGGACUUUAUUCAAUUUAUAUAAACAAUGAUGUAUCUAAAUGCAACUGUUAGGAUAAAAAAAUAUAGGGCUGAUUGUGUAUCAAGGCUCUGAAAAUCAAAUAACCAACCGUGUAUGUUUGUACAUUUUGUAUUUUAAAUGUGAAGGAGAAUGUGAAGCCAAUGCUAUUGUAGCUGUUUUAAUGAGCCAAUCAUUUACUGUUAUGUGAAGUGUGCCAGUCUCUGGGGAUCCCAUUUCUUUUUUUCUUUUUUUUUUUUGUAUUUUUCAUUAAGAAUUGUCUUUGGCUGAAAGCACUUUCAUGUGUAAUAAAAUGCAUUCUGAAUA